UCAAGUGGCAUGGAUACUGAUGUAUUCAUAGCCGCACGACAGGGCAAUAUCGAUGCCCUUAGACAACAAGGAGAGCAUCUUCACCAAAUGUUUACUCCAAGAAAAGGACUCCUAUUGUGACCCCCAAAUAAACAGAGACUCUGCUACAACAUUAAUUUUAUUAGUGAAAAUGCUCUAUAUAAUGUACCCGUUGUUCCUCUCUUCACAGGCCAUUUCAACGAUUCCAAUUUUCUGAUGCUUGCAAUCAAAAGCUCACAUGCAGUGAGUACACUGCACUCUUGGCGGCCAUAUCAACUUAAAUUUACCAAAGAAGGAGAGAAGUAUAGAGCACAUGGAUCCUUCCAAUUCGCCCACAUCUGAGAGUAUAUAAUCAAGCAUCGGCUCCGGUUGGUGAUGAUGAUGCUGCGAAGGCCGAAACCAAGGUGCCUUCCAAGUUCUGGUUCGAAGAAUGAAGCUGCAGCAAUUAGCAACACAGGUUUAGGUGGCAUGGAUCCAGAGAUAUUCGCAGCAGCAGCCGAAGGAAAUAUUAAAGCCCUUUCAACACAUGGGGAGCUUCUGCAUGAAAUACUCACUCCAACCAAAAACACUGUCCUACAUAUUUAUGUAGCACAUGCAAGCUACCCAACCUUAACAAAACUCGAAAAGUUUGACAGCUCCAUAUAUGGCCUCCCUGGUCUACUUGCUGAUUUGCUCAUUAAAAAGCUAAUGCCAUGCAUAUGGGACGCAGAAAACACAGUUAGGCCAACUACCUUAACUGCAUCCCAAGUACAGAGGUCAAAGGAGAUUGUCACUCAGUUGCUUGAAGUGUGUCCAAAGCUACUUUUGCAGCCCAACAAUAAUGGCGACAUUGCACUACACAUUGCGGCCAGAUAUGGGCUUGAUGGUGUAGUUGAAGUUCUUAUUGGGGCAGCAAAAGCUCGUCAUGGCGAUGUUGAGAAACAGGUUGAAGAAGCUUGGCAAAUGUUGAGGACACCCAACAAGGAGGGAGACACAGCCCUACACGAGGCAGCGCGCUUUAAUCACCUCGGUGUGGUGAAGAAAUUGUGCAGAGAAUACCCUGAUUUCUCCUACUCGGCUAAUGUUGCUAGAAGGACUCCAAUUUACUUGGCUGCUGAAAGGGGAUAUCGAGACUUGGUUUCUGAAAUACUGGAUUCUUGUACUUAUCCAGGUUACCAAGGCCCUAGUGGUAAAACAGCUUUUACAUGCUGCAGUGAUCUUCAGUACAAGGAGAAGACCCUGGCACAAGCAAGAGAUGAACAAGGAUGGACUCCACUUCACUUUGCUGCACUCAUCGGUAACAGAUGGAUUGUGAGCCGGCUACUAGAUUGUGAUAAAUCAAUUGCCUAUAUCGUUGACAAAGAUGACAAGAAGACAGCUCUUCACAUUGCAGCUUCCAAAGGCCAUGAAGGCGUACUGACAGAGCUUAUAUAUCGUUGCCCUGAUUGUUGUGAAGUAGUCGACCGACGCCAGCGGAAUAUCCUUCAUUAUGCCAUUGAGAACAGGAAAUUUGAAAUAGCGAAGGUUGUUCAAAACCAUCCAUGGAUGAGCAACAUCCUUCUAAAUGGUAAAGAUGUUGCCGGAAACACACCCCUCCAUCGACUAGUCAACAUACGCCUCCAAACAGCUACUGAAUCUUUAUUUCGCUAUGGAAAAGCUCCUACCCGGUUGAGUCGGUUCAUUCAUGAUGCUAGAGUGGAUAAGAGGGCUUUGAACAAGGAAGACCUAAAUGCUAUUGACAUCAUUCUUGAUGAUGACCAUACUUUAUCAGAAGUGGAGAGAAAUGCUAAUAUAUAUGACAAGACUACAAAGUUGGUCGUUAAGAGGCUUUGGAAGACAGUGGGGCUAGACCAAGUCAUCCGAUCAAACGAUGGUGUGAUGGGGGUAGUCGAGAAUAACAAAGUUGGGAAAGAUACUGAAAAGGAAGCAAUAGGUGUUCUUUUGGUAGUGGCUAAACUCAUAGCAAAAGUAACAUUCGCAGCAGGUUUCACUGUACCCGGUGGUUACCAAAGUGAGAAAGGACCUGAGCAGGGUUCUGCUAUUUUAACAAGAAAUGCAGCUUUCAAAGCAUUUGUUGUAACAAAUACAAUAGACAUGAUUAUGUCCAGCAGCACUGUGUUAGCUUACCUUAUUGUCUCCUUACGAGUAGCUUUCCGGAAAAUAAUUGGUUUGCCAUAUCUGGAGAAUCAAGCAGUUUCAAUGUUGUGUGCCAUGCUUGCAAUGGUAAUUGCAUUCAUUACCGGCACAUAUGCAGUUUUAGGUACUUCUUCAGUACUUGCCAUCGUUGUUUGUGUGGUCGGCUUCAGUUUUUUUCUUGGAUGUUCUAUUUGGAAUUGUAGAGGGUCGUGAUAUUCGCGCUCCCCGCUUUACAUUUCCCUUUAUUUAAUUCAAUAGCUAUUG